AUGUUUCCGCAUGUAUUCAUAGAUUGCAGUCAGUCAAAUCGUACAGCACUUCUACUUAGUGACACAAGCACUGUGGUUGUUCAAACAUUGGUUAACAACUUACAAUCUGUUGGUUUGACAGUCAACUACAUCUCUGGAGGAAUUUCAACUUAUAGUGGAUCACCAAAUGCAGCUAACUACGACUCAGUAAUUUUAAUUACUGGCAAUGAUUAUGCUACAGAUAUGCCAAGUAGUGGGCAAGAGUCGAUUCGAAAUGCUCAACAAAACAGUGGCACUGGUAUAGUAAUGACCGAAUGGGCAGCAUAUCAAGUGUUAAGUGGAAGAUGGUCGGUACUGUCUUCACUUUUGUUGGCCACGCGAAUAACAGGCGUGACUGCAAGCAUGUCGUUUGAUUUGGUUAGCAUCAAUCAUCCGAUUUGGAACGGUUUAGCAGCAUCUUUCAAUACGUCGGUUACACUUGGCUACAGUGUAUUAUCUACACCUAUAAAUGGUAGCUUAACAAUAGCGAGUUGUAUGCAAUGUGGUGGACCUGCAGUCAUUGUUCGUCCUAGUGUUGCAUCUAAUGGUCGUAUAGUGCAGAUUGCUCAUGGUGGCCAUUAUAGUUCCGGUGGAGCUAAUUUCAAUUGGCAGAAUGAUGCUAAUCUUGUAACUAUGAUGAAUAAUGCAGUUAAAUGGGCAGCGAAAAUGAUUUGA